AUGUACCAUGCUUUCAAAGAAUUUUGUACAGUAGCAAUAAGCUAUGAAGUGUUUGAAAAUACAGAUGACACAUACUAUAGGUCUUGUAAUAAUAGUGACAUGGAGGAAAAAUCCCUAACCAGCAGCGGAAAAGAUCCUGUCACCCAACCCAAGCUAUAUAACCUUUUAGGCAGGCUUUUCAGAGAAAUCCGCAUUUUAAAAGCCAGCAUUCACGAUCCAAAAAUACAGGACGAGAAUCAGAGCUGGAACGAAUCUUUGGGAACGUGGUCCACCCAGGGAUGUAAAACUGUGCUUACCGAUGCAUCCCAUACGAAAUGCUUAUGUGAUCGUCUCUCUACCUUCGCCAUUUUGGCUCAGCAACCUAGAGAAAUAAUCAUGGAAUCCUCUGGUACACCUUCAGUUACCCUAAUAGUAGGCAGUGGCCUUUCUUGCUUGGCCUUGAUCACCCUCGCAGUUGUCUAUGCAGCAUUAUGGAGGUACAUACGCUCUGAGAGGUCUAUAAUUCUAAUUAACUUCUGCCUGUCUAUCAUCUCAUCCAACAUCCUCAUACUGGUUGGACAGACUCAGACACAUAAUAAGAGCAUCUGCACAACCACCACUGCAUUUUUGCACUUUUUCUUCCUGGCUUCAUUCUGUUGGGUUUUGACUGAGGCGUGGCAGUCAUAUAUGGCUGUAACUGGAAAAAUUAGGACACGGCUUAUAAGGAAACGUUUCUUGUGCCUUGGAUGGGGUUUACCAGCAUUAGUAGUGGCCACAUCAGUAGGCUUCACGAGGACGAAAGGAUAUGGCACUGACCACUACUGCUGGCUCUCUCUUGAAGGAGGACUGCUCUACGCUUUUGUUGGACCUGCAGCCGCUGUUGUCCUGGUCAACAUGGUGAUUGGCAUUUUGGUAUUUAAUAAACUUGUUUCCAGAGAUGGGAUCCUAGAUAAAAAGCUCAAACACAGAGCCGGUCAGAUGAGUGAGCCUCAUAGCGGUUUGACGCUCAAAUGUGCCAAGUGUGGAGUAGUUUCGACAACAGCUUUGUCAGCCACCACCGCCAGUAACGCCAUGGCGUCUCUUUGGAGUUCCUGCGUGGUGUUGCCCCUUCUGGCUCUGACGUGGAUGUCUGCAGUUCUAGCCAUGACAGACAAACGCUCCAUAUUGUUCCAAAUACUUUUUGCCGUGUUUGAUUCAUUGCAAGGUUUUGUGAUAGUCAUGGUCCACUGCAUUCUUCGGAGAGAGGUUCAGGAUGCAUUUAGAUGCCGAUUGAGAAACUGUCAGGAUCCGAUCAAUGCUGAUUCUUCAAGUUCUUUUCCUAAUGGGCAUGCUCAAAUAAUGACAGACUUUGAAAAGGAUGUAGACAUUGCUUGUCGAUCAGUUCUUCAUAAGGAUAUCGGUCCUUGCCGAGCAGCAACAAUAACAGGAACGCUCUCUAGGAUUUCUCUAAAUGAUGACGAAGAAGAAAAGGGAACAAACCCUGAAGGGCUAAGCUAUUCCACACUCCCUGGAAACGUCAUUUCCAAAGUCAUUAUCCAGCAACCUACGGGUAUGCACAUGCCCAUGAGUAUGAAUGAGCUGGGCAAUCAGUGUUUGAAAAAAGAGAACAGUGAAUUGCGAAGAACUGUGUACUUAUGUACAGAUGACAAUUUGAGAGGAGCUGAUAUGGACAUGGUCCAUCCUCAAGAAAGAAUGAUGGAAAGUGACUAUAUCGUGAUGCCCAGAAGUUCUGUAAAUACACAGCCAUCAAUGAAAGAAGAAAGCAAAAUGAAUAUUGGUAUGGAAACCUUACCACAUGAAAGGUUAUUGCACUACAAAGUGAAUCCCGAAUUCAACAUGAAUCCCCCUGUAAUGGACCAGUUUAGUAUGAACUUAGAUCAACACCUUGCACCCCAGGAACAUAUGCAGAAUUUGCCCUUUGAGCCUCGCACAGCUGUGAAGAAUUUCAUGGCCUCUGAGUUGGAUGAUAAUGCAGGACUAUCAAGGAGUGAAACUGGAUCAACGAUAUCAAUGAGUUCAUUAGAGAGAAGAAAAUCACGAUACUCAGACCUUGACUUUGAGAAGGUCAUGCAUACAAGGAAGAGGCAUAUGGAACUGUUUCAGGAGCUGAAUCAGAAAUUUCAAACUUUGGACAGAUUUCGGGAUAUACCAAAUACAAGCAGUAUGGAAAACCCAGCACCAAACAAGAAUCCAUGGGACACUUUCAAAAACCCCAGUGAAUACCAACAUUACACCACAAUCAAUGUCUUAGAUACAGAGGCAAAGGAUGCUUUGGAACUGAGGCCAGCAGAAUGGGAGAAGUGUCUGAAUUUGCCUCUGGACGUGCAAGAGGGUGACUUUCAAACAGAAGUUUAGCAAAAUCAAAAUGGACUGAGGUGGAUAUAAAACAAUUUAUUGCACUGACACUUAAGACUUGGGAAGCCUGACAAUUCUAUCUGGACCAUGUGACUAUCCUAUGUCAGGACCUUCAUGUGCCAAAUGUCAGUGGUGUUUGCAUAUGGUAACUUCUCACUAGUCAGGCUAGUGGAGAGAGGACCAGGUGUACAGUUCUGACCAUCCUGUGUUGUAAGUAUCCGUGGAAUGGAUUUGUAAGGUAAUCUUUAUAGAUAAACCUCAAGCAACGAUUCAUGUUGUAACCGCUUCAUAUGGUUUAGUUUUCAAAAAACUUCACCAUGAAGCACAAUGUAUAUAUUUAUGCAGUUUUUAAAGUUUAUAACAGUCUGUUUGGCCAUUACUACACUUUUUACUUUAUAAUAUAAAAGCAAAGUUUUUGUCAUUAAAUGAAUGUUUGUUGAGCUACAUUCUUCAUUGCUUUAAAUGCAAUAAAGUAAUAAUCUCACUUUUAUAUGAAUAAUAUAUUUCACAUCUUUAUUAUUGCAGUUUUCUCUAGAAAGCUCUGAGUAGCUUUCUCUGCUGCAACUGUGUAUAAAAUAUUUAAAAUGUUGUAUGGUGUAAAUAAACUUUUGUCUACA